AUGUGCCGUGUGAGCCAAGUGUGGGCAGCCGUCGUGGUGGUCGUCGUCCUCGUGGUCGCGACGGACCUGGGCGGCGUCGCAGAAGCCAAGCCCGACCCCAGCCAGCUCGCCAACAUGGCCGAGGCGCUCAAGUACCUGCAGGAGCUCGACAAGUACUAUUCACAGGUGUCCCGACCCAGCCCCCGCUCGGCGCCCGGUCCAGCUUCGCAGAUUCAAGCCUUGGAAAACACACUUAAGUUCCUGCAAUUGCAAGAACUUGGCAAACUGUAUUCCCUUAGGGCCCGACCGCGAUUCGGCAAACGAAGCGACUACGCCAUGCCUUCCGGAGAUGCUCUGAUGGAAGCCAGUGAGAGACUGUUGGAAACCCUCGCCCGCAGGAGGUGA